AUGGCCGAAAACGCUUCAGAGCUCCUUGAAAAGGCGACCAUCCUCCUUCAAACGGGACAGGCUGAGGCUGCUCUUCCCUUGGCUCAGCGCGUCCUCGAGCUCGCCCCAGCGGAUUCACCGAAUGCUCGAUCUGCUACGAAUUUGAUCGGUGAAAUCUACGUUGAACUAGGCGAAAUAGAUGCCGCACGACAGAACUUCUUGCGCGCGGUGGAACUCGAUCCAGAAGGCAUGAUACCUGAAUCUGAAGGGGGAGGCGCAGAGAAGUUUCUGUGGCUGGCGCAGUUGAGCGAACAGGGAGGGGUUGACAGCGUUAGGUGGUAUGAGAAAGGUGUCGCUACUCUGAGACGCAUCAUCCAGUCUUUGGAGCAAAGUAACAACCCCGAAGAUGCGGUAUUACUCGAGGAAAAAAGGAAGAAAUUGGCGAAUGCUCUUUGCGCAGUGGUGGAGAUAUACAUGACAGAUCUUUCAUGGGAAGAGGACGCUGAGAGCAGAUGCGAGGCUCUUGUCACAGAAGCACUCCUUGUCGCCCCCAAUUCCCCCGAAUGUCUACAAACUCUCGCCUCUGUCAGGAUAUCCCAAUUGCGUCCAGAUGAUGCUCGGGCGGCGCUUUCCAGAAGUCUGGAACUUUGGAAAGACUUGCCUCCAGAGGAUCCCAACGUUCCCGAUUUCCCUGCACGAAUAAGUCUCUCGCGACUUUUGAUGGAGGUACAGAUGGAGAACGAGGCACUUGAGGUGCUGGAACGUCUGAUUCUCGAGGACGACGAAAGUGUUGAAGCGUGGUAUCUUGGUGGAUGGUGUCUCUAUCUCCUGGCGGAGAAGGAAAAGGAACAGCCGACGGCAUCUACAGAUUCUGGGCAACCAUCUAGUGACAAGCGGCACGAGGCCAUGGUCGCCAGCCGCGAAUGGCUGAAGCAAAGCCUGAAGCUCUACAAAAAGAUUGAAUACGAGGACGAGAGACUCAGAGACCAUGCAGUCGAACUGAUACAAGAGCUGAACAAUGAGCUUGGCGAAGACAUGGAGGACGACGGUGACUCCGAAGACGAUGGUCCAGGUGCAGGCGAUGAUGACGAAUGGGAAGAUGAGAUCGAAGUUGGUUCUGAUGAAGACGAGGAUGAAGAUCAUGAAAUGAAGGAUUCAUGA